AUGUCAAUUUAUACAUAUGUAAAUGAAGAUCAAAUUGAUCUUGAACUCAUAUGUAAUAUCUGUAAUGAACCUUUUCAAUCACCUGUCAAUUGUACUAAAUGUGGUCAAACAGUUUGUCAAAGAUGUUUUGAUUUAUGGAGAAAACAACAAUUAUCAUGUCCAUUUUGUCGACAAGAUGAAUCUACAUUUGUACCUGUUAUUACUCGUAUUCUAUUUAAUCAACUCAAUCAUUUACUAGUCCAAUGUUCAUUGUGUCAACAAACAAAUAUUAGACGAGGUAAUUUUGCUGAUCAUAUUACUUACAUAUGUCCAAAACGAAUAGUUAUAUGUACUAAUAAAUGUGGAUGGAAAGGAUAUCGAGAGAAUCUUGAAAAUCAUUUAAUUAGAUGUCGAAAAACAUUACAUUGGUUUAAAUUUCUACGACAAUCAAAUCCUUUUGCUUGUAUUAUGUCCAAUCAUUCUAGUUAA